AUGGCCAAAGCUUUGCGCCGGAGUGCAGAGCUUGCUCCGGUGGCUUCUGCAAUCAAGGAGCUUAAACUGAAGCGGCCGCCAUUGAGUGCCACAAGUCCAGAAAUGACACCUGUACAACUGGCCAAGGCCACUGCAUUCGAGCGGCUGCAGCCCCCAGGGAAGCGGCCAACCCCCCGCCACCCCGUCACCUCCCCUAAUCUUCUGCCUUCAUCACAAGUAGCGACCCCCACUAGCCACCAGCCUGCACCCUCUCGAGCUGCAGGAGCUGCACGACAACAGGCCCCCCCAGCAUCCCCAAAGUCGCUCAUUUACCCGGUGGGGGAGGAGUUUCCCACUGCCCUCCCCAGGAAGCUGUGGGACAGUACAGACAUCAGCCAGUUUGGCAUAUUUCAGAAAUAUAAAGGCAAAAUGCCGUCCAUGAUGCCCAUCACCUCCGAAAUCGAUGACUUUGAGGCGUUCUGGACGCAGCCUUACAAUUUUGAGCGCCUGGGGACUGGAAUGGUACGUCAAUCCACCUAUCGGGGCCUCAAGAGCACGGUAUCCAAGUUCCUUGGCUUCGCCCACGGCUGGAUGAAGGUCAGCUUGACCUCCCUGUCGUUGAGGCUGUUCUCCAACCAGCACUUAAUAAUCAGCUACAUGGACUUCAUGGUCCAUCGUGUCUGCUCAACAAAAGCAGACGUGGAGUUCCAGAACUCCAUCAAGGCUGUGGAGUACCUACGGCAGGUCGACACAAGGUCCCUGCCAGAUCCGGAGGAGAAGAUGAUAUCUGGUGUCUACAUUCCGCCUGUCCGCUUGUCCGUGUUGAGCACCUUGAUGGUGUCAGGCAUGCAGACCUGCAAGCAGCAAGACUGCUUCCAGAUGGACUGCCGCGGCAACAACCUGGUCGAGGUGAUUCCUGUAGCAAGGGCAGGGGCAGGGGCGGAUGGCAGCCAUGGCGCUAGCAGCAGCAGCAGGAGCAGCAGCAGCAGGGGCCGUCGUCUUGUGAUGGAGACCAUCCAUCACAAGACGGAGCGCUUUAAGAAGGAUGAGGCCCUGAGAAUUGUGCUCCCUUCGACGCUCUCCCAGCACAUCCGGACUUACACAGAGUAUGCCCGGCCAGCGCUCCUCAACAUGAAUCCCAGCAUUGACGAUGCCAGCAAGGAGCCUCCCUUCCUGUUCCUUGACAGGAAGGGCAGGCCGGUUGCAGUUUGUUCGCUGGUGGUUAGAAUCGUUGUACGAGCCGUUGCAUGA